AUGUCCCAAGCCACUAUAAUGAGGAAUAAGCGAGUGGGUGAGCCGAGCGAGUUGAGAUCUCGCAUACAACACAUCAUCACACGUCGACGAGAACAAGAGAAAAAAGAUAACAAUGACAACAUAUGCACGAUAGCGACACGCAAUACAAGUGACACUUCCACUGCAGAAAUCCCUUUUGCCCUACUCAAGGCUCAUUUUGGAACUAUUCAUCGGUUUACCCAUAAUGCGCCAAUAAACCUAGUGUUCAAAUAUCUUGAAAUAAUCUUGUAA